AUGAACUUGCACGGCAUCGCCCACCGUAGCGAGAUGCGGCCACUGCGCCCUCCGCGUGUCCCUAAUUCACCGGCGCCUGUUUACACAGAGCUACAGAGUCUGGGUGUAGGCGAGGUACCACAGAGCGUCGAUGCUUUUCGCCUUCGUCGCGCGGUGGGCGUGUUGUUACUCAUCUUCUGUUUGGGUACAGCGAUCGGCCUCGUGCAUGUCAUCGGCCUCUCGCAGCAGGUUUUGGCCAGACUGGAAGCGCAGCAAGAGCAACAGCCGAGACUGAUGCACCAGCCACACACUCAGUCUCGUGGUGUGGUCGGCGGCGCGUGGCAGCGCGUGCGAAGCCAUGAAGCUGCAAACGUAUUAAUUGCGUACUCUGACGGGCCGCAUCUCUCGAAACUCGCGGCGGCGGUGGAGAUUGGCGCCCGCAACGUCUUGGGUAAUGAGUCAAAGUCACUGCGCUUACGAACACUGGACAACGCAUCGUUUCCGAAUGACGUGAUGUGGGCGGACGCUGUGAUUCUUGGAACGCACGUGGUGAACGCUAACGUGGAGCCAAAGAUGACUAAGUUCAUGAGCGAAUGGUCUGUUACCGAGGACAUGAGCCAGAAGGUUGGUGCUGUCUUCGUCACGAGUGGUGGAAUUUCAGCUGGAGAAGAGCUGACGAUGGUAAACUUGCUGCAUUCUCUCAUGAUCUUUCGCAUGAUUGUUGUUGGGGGAGAACGCUGGACGAGCGCGUUUGGUGCGUCUGCUGUCGUGGGCGAAGGACCAUUUGAGCCAGCAGGUCACAGCAGUCCGGAGCAGCGUGACUUUCCACCGAUCUGCUACCCGACCGACGCUGAUUCCAUUCACGACAUGUUCAAGGACAAAGCAAUUGGACUGGGUGAACGAGCUGCCUCGAUCGCGAUACAGUUGCAGCGCGCACGGAUGGAUUUAUCAAUGCAGGACUAACGACUCAAUUAUUUUUACUACGUAGUAAAGUGCCAGCGUGGUAGCGCGACUUCUCUUUAAAAUGG